GUGUGGGAGUGAGUAAGACAGGGGAUAUGGAAGGAUUGUGGAAGUGUUGUGGAAGGACAUGAAACGUGGAUCAUCGUGGUGUGUUCAGCUCUGUGUGAUGGGUGGGUGUUGCGUGUGUGUAGGAGUGUGCAAGACGUGUCGAGGUCUGUCAACUGAGAACUCCAACGUUGUGUUUGUGGGUAUCGCGAUAAUUCGGCAAAGUGCAAGUGUGCGAUAAUACUUGACAUAUACUACAAAUACAUAUACAAAC